ACCUCCAUUUUUAUCGCAAAAAAGCAAUCCAGCCUCCUCUUCUUCUACGUCAACAUAUAGUUAAAACAAAAUGCUGAACACAUCCACCUCUAGUUUCAACAAAACCUUACCAUUGUUUUCAUUGCCCAAACCCUUUAUUACCUCAGAAAGUAAACAAAAUGGUCUUCACAAAUCUGCUGAGGCAAAUAAGGCAUCUUCAGUUGAUGCAUUAUCUUUCAGAAAACAGCUUUGUAGUGAUGCUGCUGCUGUAACUAGGCCUCGCCGCCAAAGCCGAAGGCGGAAUGGGGUUGAAGUUAGGGCAGUAGCAUCAAGAUUAGGAGUCUUUUAUCCAUUCAGACAACAAACAAAUAGGAGUAGUACUCUUACAGUCACCAUCUCAUUAGAUCACAGAUUUGGGGAUUUGUUUUUUCACACAAAACCCUUCUACUUGAAGCUUACUAGUGUUAGUGGCAAAGAACUCGAAGAACACGCUUAUCGUAUAUGGUCUUUACAUACGGAAUUUAGUGCGAGUUUUAAAAUUAGGGAUGAUUUUGGUGACGUGGGUGUUAUCAGUAUUACAAAUGAACAAAAAGAGGAAGUUUUCAUCCAAAAAAUUGUCCUUGCCUCAAGUUCCUCUGGCUGUUCUGAAAUUAUUUGCAAUUCAUGGUUGCAUUCCAAGUAUGAUAAUCCUGAACCAAGGGUCUUCUUCACUCAUAAGCCGUGCUUGCCAUCUCAAACACCAAAAGGAUUGGACAAGUUGAGGAAGAAUGAGCUUCAUAAAUUGAGAGGAGAUGGAAAGGGUGAGCGCCAAAGCUAUGAUAGAAUAUACGACUAUGAUACAUACAAUGAUCUUGGAGAUCCCAAAACAAAUCAUGCGUUAAAACGACCAACAUUGGGUGGUAAUGAACACCCUUACCCAAGACGUUGUAGAACAGGACGUGAACAAAUUACCAUUGAAGGAGAAACUUUUGAGACCAGGUCAGCCAAUGUACCAUAUGUUCCUAGAGAUGAAACUUUCUCAAGUUUGAAAAGUGGACAAUUCGCGUUCAAGAAAAUUUACUCGGUGUUGCAUGCACUCAUACCACUAGUAGAGGAGGCAAUAGAGGAGAAAGUAUUCGGAACCAAAAGUUCUCAUUUUCCGUACUUUACGGCCAUUGAAUUGCUCUACGACGAAGGAAUUAACCUACCCAUCGACGAUACAGAGCAUGGAGGCUUUCUAGAAUGGCUGCAUAGCAUAAUUAGUGCUACUGGUGACAUUAAAUAUAAACUUCUAUGUUUUGAGCUCCCUGAGAUCUUUAAACGGGAUAGAUUUUCUUGGUUAAGUGAUAAGGAGUUCGCACGUCAAACUCUUGCUGGCAUGAAUCCUUUGAGCAUCAAGCGUGUCACGAAUUGGCCACUAAAGAGUAACCUUGAUCCGGCUACUUACGGCAAAUCAGAAUCAGCUUUAACAAAAGAAUUGGUGGAAAGAGAGAUGAAUCACUGCAUGACUGUUGAAGAGGCUAUAGAAGAGAAUAGAUUGUUUAUAAUUGAUUACCAUGAUGCAUUAUUGCCUUAUGUGAACAAAGUCAGGAAGCUUGAAAGCACGACAUUGUAUGGAUCACGAACUUUGUUCUUCCUAGAUGAUGAGUGUAAAACACUAAAACCUCUGGCUAUUGAGUUAACGCGGCCUAAAUCUGAUGUAAAGCCUCAAUGGAAGGAAGUUUAUACACCGGGAAAAUGUGCCACUUCUGAGUGGCUUUGGAAUCUUGCCAAGGUUCAUGUCCUUGCACAUGACACUGGUUACCAUCAACUAAUCAGUCACUGGCUUAGAACACAUUGUUGCAUGGAACCAUACAUAAUUGCUGCAAACCGAUACUUGAGUGCAAUGCACCCAAUAUAUAAGUUAUUGCAUCCUCAUUUUCGAUACACCUUGGAGAUCAAUGCUCUUGCUCGACAAUCAUUGAUCAACGCGGGUGGUGUCAUUGAAACAACCUUCUCACCUGGGGAGUACUCCUUAGAGUUGAGCUCUUACAUAUACGACAAGGAGUGGCGCUUUGAUCAUGAAGCCUUACCAGCUGACCUGAUAAGCAGAGGAAUGGCAGUUGAAGAUCCAUCAGCACCACAUGGAAUAAAGCUCGUAAUAGAUGACUAUCCAUACGCAAAAGACGGCCUAGACCUGUGGGCUAUAAUCAAAGAAUGGGUUACUAGAUAUGUGAACCACUACUACCCAAACCCGAACCUCGUAGAAAAAGAUGACGAGCUUCAAAAUUGGUGGGAAGAGGUAAGAACAAAAGGGCAUGGCGACAAGAAAGAUGAACCAUGGUGGCCGAAUCUUAAAACACCUGAAGAUCUUAUCCAAAUUCUUACCACAAUAAUAUGGAUAGCUUCAGGGCACCAUUCAGCUGUUAACUUUGGUCAAUACCACUAUGGGGGGUACUUCCCUAAUAGGCCUACAAUCGCUAGGACUACAAUGCCUAAUGAGGAUCCGGUUGAUGAUCACUUGAAGUCUUUCAUUGAAAAACCCGAGGAUGCACUCCUUCGAUGCUUCCCAUCUCCAACACAGGCUACAAAAGUUAUGUUGACUCUAGACACACUUUCAGCUCAUUCUCCGGAUGAGGAAUACUUGGGUGCUAAACCCGAACCAUCAUGGAAUGACGAACCCAAGAUAAAGGAUGCUUUCGAAACGUUUGAUUCUAAAUUGAAGGCAUUAGAAGAUGAAAUUGAUAAAAGGAAUGGUAACAAAGAUUUCAAGAAUAGAAAUGGAGUUGGUGUUGUACCAUAUGAGUUUUUCAAGCGCCAAUCUGAAUGUGGGAUCACUGGUAAGGGGGUUCCAAACAGCAUCUCUAUUUGAGAAACACGAAUCUAUAUACCACCACUGUGAUCAAUAAAAUAACUUGAUAGAAUGUUACUACUUCUUCUUCUUUAAAAAAAAAAGAGUUAUAACAUACUUCGUAUUAUUGAUGUAAUCCUAUAUUAUGGAUGGAAGCCGGAUGAUAUGAAUUAAAUCUUGGCUAUAAAAUCAAUAAUUUUACAGUGUUA